AACAAAAUCAACCAGUUUUUUUUUCGAAAGAAACAAAAAAGUCGAAAUGAGUUUGAAGUGUCCGUUCCCUCAUAUCGGAUGUGAAAACUGUGAUUGUACAGGCAUUACUUGCCAACAUCUAUUUCCAGGGUUGAAAGUGGAGUGGCCAGAACUAAGAGGAGUAAGUGGACUUGAAGCAAAGAGAAUAAUUGAAAAUGAUAAUCCAAAAGUGACUUGUGUUUUAGUUCCACAAGGUGAUGGUGUGCUCCACAUCAAUUGUUGUAACCGUGUCCUUCUCCGUCUUCCUGCCAAUGAUUGUCCUAACGGUCCUGUCCUUAAUCUUCCUCAAGUCGGAUGAUACUAUUUUCUUACUCUUCUACAAGAUGAUUCAGUUUGAUCUUUUGUUUCAAUAAUUUGCUAGCUAUGUCUUGUUUUGUUUGCCGGUUGUAAUCUGGUUGUAUCCAGAUUGAGUUGUAUCGUUUGCUUUUGAAUAAUAA